CAGAUCCACUUCCUCAUCAACCACCACAAGUGCUGCUGCACUUCCUCCCGGUGGACAGUACUCCUCAGUCACUGCCACCGAGAAAUGGCAAGAAGAAUCCAAGGAGGGAAAGAAUUUGGUGCCCUCAAGUCUGCACAGGAAGAAAGACUCAACAGAAUCAAUGAGGAAUUCCUCUCAGACACUCAAUAUGAAGAAGUGGAAGACCUUUCAUCAAAGCUUGAAUUGUUUAAAACUAAAUUCAUGGAAUUUGAUCUGGAUAUCAGCGGAGAUUUAGACAUCAUGGGACUUAAACAAAUGUUGGAGAAACUGGGCAAGGCCAAGACCCACUUGGAGCUGAAAAAGAUUCUGUCUCAGGUGUCUGCAGGGGAGACCAUCUCCUACAGAGACUUUCUCCACAUGAUGUUGGGCAAGAAUAACUCAAUUCUGAAACUGAUUCUGAUGUUUGAAGACAUGGGCAAGGACAAGGAACCUGCGGAGACUGGACCGCCGGGGCGCAGGACAUUCGCUGACCUACCCUGACCUGCUCUGACCUACCCUGACCUGCCCUAACCUACUCUGGACUCCCUGACCUACCCUGGCCUAUCCUUUCCUCACUGAAGGCCAACGCUUGCCUACCCUGAAUGCCAAGGCUGCUGCCUCCAGAUCACAUUCACUCCACUGGGCUUCGAACCAGCAGCCUGGAGUUCGGCUUUAUGCAGAAAAAUAAAUGGAAAUUAAAUGCUCGUCGUAUUUACACUCUUGAAAAACCCACAAAGGUUAACGUUUAUGGAAAGAAGAAAUGUUAUAACAUUAUUUAGUUUAUACAUAUACAUAUUUAUUUGAAGGUGGGUAGACCUUAAUAUGGAAUUGACCAAGAGAACCACACACACAACAAACUCACCAAGACAAACACAUACACACACUGACCAAGACAAUUACAUACACACACUGACCCAGAAAACCACAUACACACAAACUCACCAAGACAACCACAUGCACACACACUGACCACUACCACACACACACACACUGACCAACACAACCACAUACACACACUGACCACGACAACCACACACACACACACACUGACCACUACCACACACACAAACACUGACCAACACAACCACAUGCACACACACUGACCACUACCACACACACUGACCAACACAACCACAUACACACACGUACCACGACAACCACACACACACACACUGACCACGACAACCACACACACACACACACUGACCAAGACAACCACACACACACACACACUGACCACGACAACCACACACACACACACUGACCACGACAACCACACACACACACACACUGACCAAGAUAACCACAUCCUCUUUUGAGCACAAAGCUUGGAAGGAAAUGAAACUCGUCAAUGUUAAAAAUCGACUUUGUUUGAAGGUUAAAAUACAUUUUAAAUUGUCUUGUCUCCUUUAGAAAGCCUUUUUAACUCUUAUUCAAUGGUAUUUGUUGUACAUAAUAAUAAUUAUAACUAUUAUAGCAACCUGGUUGCUAAGAUCAAGAUCCUCAUAGGAUUCAAACCUCCUCAACUUCAGAUUCUGCACUGAUGACGAUUCUCUUCUCGACGCGAGUCUCUGUGGAUCCACUUUUCACCACCUGACCAAAGACAAAUGUUAGCUACAUUAUCAAUAAAGACAUGCUAAAUAAAGACAGAGGUAUGUAUAUUAUCAAUAUAGUCAGAUGUAGCUACAUUAUCAAUAAAGACAUGCAAAAUAAAGA